UCUCUGGGGCACGGCCGGGCGGCGCGGCGGGAGUGCACAGGACCCGCCAUGGCGGCGGAAGCCUCAGAGAGCGAGCCGGCGCUGCAGGAGCUCAUGCGCGAGGCGGAGAUCAGCCUGCUGGAGUGCAAGGUGUGCUUUGAGAAGUUUGGCCACCGGCAGCAGCGGCGCCCGCGCAACCUGUCCUGCGGCCACGUGGUCUGCCUGGCCUGCGUGGCCGCCCUGGCGCACCCGCGCACGCUGGCCCUCGAGUGCCCAUUCUGCAGGCGAGCCUGCCGGGGCUGCGACACCAGCGACUGCCUGCCGGUGCUGCACCUCAUAGAGCUCCUGGGCUCAGCGCUUCGCCAGUCCCCGGCCGCCCACCGCGCCGCCCCCAGCACCCCCGGAGCCCUCACCUGCCACCAUACCUUUGGCGGCUGGGGGACCCUGGUCAACCCCACCGGACUGGCGCUUUGUCCCAAGACGGGGCGGGUCGUGGUGGUGCACGACGGCAGGAGGCGUGUCAAGAUUUUUGACUAUGGGGGAGGAUGCGCGCAUCAGUUUGGAGAGAAGGGGGACGCUGCCCAAGACAUUAGGUAUCCUGUGGAUGUCACCAUCACCAACGACUGCCAUGUGGUUGUCACUGACGCCGGCGAUCGCUCCAUCAAAGUGUUUGAUUUUUUUGGCCAGAUCAAGCUUGUCAUUGGAGGCCAAUUCUCCUUACCUUGGGGUGUGGAGACCACCCCUCAGAAUGGGAUUGUGGUAACUGACGCGGAGGCAGGGUCCCUACACCUCCUGGACGUCGACUUCGCGGAAGGGGUCCUUCGGAGAACUGAAAAGUUGCAAGCUCAUCUGUGCAGUCCCCGAGGGGUGGCAGUGUCUUGGCUCACGGGGGCCAUUGCAGUCCUGGAGCACCCCCUGGCCCUGGGGACUGGGGUUUGCAGCACCAGGGUGAAAGUGUUUAGCUCAAGUAUGCAACUUGUCGGCCAGGUGGAUACCUUCGGGUUGAGCCUCUACUUUCCCUCCAAAAUAACUGCCUCCGCUGUGACCUUUGAUCACCAGGGAAAUGUAAUUGUUGCAGAUACGUCUGGUCCCGCUAUCUUUUGCUUAGGAAAACCUGAAGAGUUUCCAGUACCGAAGCCCAUGGUCACUCAUGGUCUUUCCCAUCCUGUGGCUCUUACCUUCACCAAGGAAAAUUCUCUUCUUGUGCUCGACACAGCAUCUCAUUCUAUAAAAGUCUAUAAAGUUGACUGGGGGUGAUGGGUUGGGGUGGGGCCCUGGAAUCAGAAGCACUAGUGCUGCCAUUAAUGAAUUGUUUAACCCUGGAUAAGUCACUUAAACUCAUCUAUCCGGGCAGGGAUAAUUAAAACUGUCUGGCAGACUUA